AUGGCGGAGGGCUACAGCUGGUAAGUAUUGUUUAUAUGCAAAUAAUAACUUGAAUAAUCCUGACAUACUAUUUGCCAUACGAUUUGACAAUGUUUUUAUUUCCACCAGGGACAUUCCUUUAGUUGUUGUUUCAAGGUUAGUUUUGUUCGUUUGCUACCUUUUCAGUCGCAUAUUCGCAUUUCUGCCAUGCAUGCAAAUUCGUAUUUCUGCCAUAUAUAUGCAAAUUUGUAUUUCCGCUAUGCCCAAAAAGUAAAAUAACCUAUACAUAUUCAUUUUGGAUUUACUUUAGUAAUGAUUCCAGUUCUGACAGUGACAGUGAUCGUAGUGUCAGUAUAUUAAAAUCGUAAGUGAAUAAAUAUAAAUGCGACAAAAUAUUACAGUAACAUGCGUAUAUUAUAAAUGUUAAUAAGGUAUUGAGAGGAUAAAUGUACUGAAAAUUUUGCAUUCAAUAUCUUUACCUUGAUUGUUUUUAUUGUAUAGACAAUUAUUUACAGAUGAAGAAAACAUCGAAGACAUAACUAAAACCUUGUAAGCACUGGGCCAUUCCAUUUAAUGUACACACACCCCUAUGGACGAGGUCAAUAAAAUUUGAGCCCCUAAGAAAAAAAGAUCAAAGUGCCGACACAAAUUAAGAAUUAAGAAAUUUUUGCCUUACCCCACAGAAAAAACGAAAAGAUCAAAGGAUCAGAAAUUCUCGUCCAUAGGGGUGUGUGUAUAUUAAAUGGAAUGGCCCACUUUCUAGUCUCUAGUAGUACUAUAUAAUUGUCGCACUUGUUUUGCUUUUUUAUACUAUAUCAAAUUUGAGAGGCUGAUUUUUCUGUUUAUUUAUUUUGUAGAGAAACUCUGAAUUCUCCAGUAAAAAAGAAACAGAAAGUAUUGGAUUUGGAUACUGAUACACUGUUAGGCUAAUAUUUCUUGUUAUUCACUGAAUAUAUAAAUCUAUAUGUCAUCAUUAACCCAUUGAGCACCAGUGCUCUCCCUUUGACAAGUAAAAUCAUAUGCCAUUAAAACAUAGUAACAUAAUAAAGUGUGGGUCAGAAAGUAUUGGUCCCCUACCCCCCAACACAUUCACACACACCCCUAGUGUCUGCCACUGGCUCAGACAUAAUCUAAGCAUUUAAAUAAAUAUUUAUUUAUAAAUGUUAUAAUAGGUGUAAGUAUAUAUACAUAUAAUAAAUAAGCAGGUAUGCUGGAACUGAGGGAGCAAUAGGGGUAGCCGACAACCUUUCUGAAUAUAUAUCACUUAAAAGUGCCCCCUACAAAAACCUGCCCCUUGCUCUCUUGUCAUUACAGCAUCCCUGAAUAUGAGCUUUUCUUGCAAAUGUAAAAUGCAAAAAUGUAAAUUUAGUUCCAAAUUAGGAUUUUUAUUUGUCUGCAAAUGCUCUAAUAUUGUAAAAAUAAAACAUCAACUGUCUGUUAUUAAGUGCUUCCCUAAUAAAAAACUUUUCUCUUCAGGGAAAAAUUAACAGCUGUCAUUAACAACAGUAUGUUACUUAUGAUGAAUAAAAUAUUUAAAAUAUUUUUUAGGUUGUAUCUUCAUGAUGACAAACAAUUGCCCAUUUUUGCAAAAUUACCUGCUCUAUAUGAUAUGAGCAAAAACGAUAAAGAUACAUCACUCACAGAAACAUUACAGCUUCUCACAGAAGCUCCACCUCAUCCAUCACGUGUGUGUGGUAAACCGCCAAGAUAUGUAAAAAACAACUACGCAUUUGUUGUUAACACAUCGAAGUUGGAUCAUGUGCGUGAUAUAUUGGCAGAUGACUCUGGAAAAUGGGUAAACAACGGACAGCACAAGUUUCCAAAAAAAGUUGGUGGAGAUUCAUCCAUUGAUGAAGAUGUGUGUGAUGAAUUUUACACCCUUCACAGACAUUAUUACUACAACAAAGAUUCUAGGGAUUUCCAUCGAACUAUAACAUUUGUUACAGGUGCGUAUGCAAUGACUUUUAUCCAGGUGGCUUGA